GAGGUGAGGUCUUCCAGCCUGGCCCGGGGCCAGCCCCUGGGAGCAGUGCAGCGCCAAGCUGUGCCCUGUCCAUAACUACAGACUUUGACCCUGAGCUCCAGUCCCGGCUAGCAGGCGGAGGGCUAAGGACGGGACGCCCCAGAAUCAGGAGCCUCCCCUCAGGAGACAGGACCCUGUGCUCACAGCAGCUGCCUCUUUUCUCCUGAAGCUUGACACACCAGGUGCUGGGGGACAGAAGGAGGCUGCCAUGUACUGAAGGCCUACUCUGUGCCAGGCAUUGUACCAGGAACUGUUGCCAAGCCGGUCAUUUCAUCUUCAGGGCACCCCCGUGAGACGAGGCUGGCACAAUGCGCGUGGUAGUGAUCGGAGCUGGGGUUAUUGGGCUGUCCACCGCCCUCUGCAUUCAUGAGCGCUACCACUCAGCCCUGCAGUCGCUGGACAUAAAGGUCUAUGCAGACCGCUUCACCCCGCUCACCAACACCGACGUGGCUGCCGGCCUUUGUCAGCCCUACGUCUCCGAUCACAGCAACCCACAGGAAAAGCAUUGGAACCAGCAGACCUUCGACUAUCUCCUGAGCCACAUCCAUUCUCCCAAUGCUGCAAACAUGGGCCUGGCCCUAAUCUCAGGCUACAACCUCUUCUGUGAAGCUGUUCCGGACCCUUUCUGGAAGGACACUUAUCUGGGAUUUCGGAAACUGACCCCAAGAGAGCUGGACAUGUUCCCUGGUUACAGCUAUGGCUGGUUCAAUACAAGCCUGAUUCUGGAAGGGAGGAGAUAUCUACAGUGGCUGACUGAAAGGUUAACUGACAGGGGAGUGAAGUUCUUCCAGAGGAAGGUGGAGUCUUUUGAGGAGCCCACCUGCCCUGUUGGUUGCUGCCAGGUAGCAAGAGGAGGCGCCGAUGUGAUUAUCAACUGCACCGGCGUGUGGGCUGGGGCGCUGCAACCAGACCCCCUGCUGCAGCCAGGUCGAGGGCAGAUCAUUAAGGUAGAUGCUCCUUGGAUGAAGCACUUCAUUAUCACCCAUGACCUCCGGGGGGGCAUGUACAAGUCGCCGUACAUCAUCCCAGGGACCCAGGCAGUGACUCUUGGAGGCAUCUUCCAGCUGGGGAACUGGAGUGAGAUAAACAAUAUUCAAGACCACAACACCAUCUGGGAAGGCUGCUGCAGACUGGAGCCCACGCUGAAGGAUGCCAAAAUUAUUGCUGAAUGGACUGGCUUCCGGCCAGUGCGCCCGCAGAUUCGUCUAGAAAGAGAACAGCUUCACUUUGGAUCUUCAAACAUAGAGGUCAUCCACAACUAUGGCCACGGAGGCUACGGGAUCACCAUCCACUGGGGCUGUUCGCUGGAGGCGGCCAAGCUCUUUGGGGAAGUCCUGGAAGAAAGGAAGCUGCUCAGGAUGCCACCAUCCCAUCUCUGAAGAUGCCAGUGACCACCGCCUCCCCCACAAGACUCCCCACUUUCCUUGGCCAACUAAUCAAUGUGCUCCUCUCUGAGCCAUUACUUACCCUCCACCCCACCCCUGGCUCCUUUCCCUAAGAAGCAUGAGGUGAGAGGGAACCUCAGGACAAUUCCUAGAGGUGAGUCCAGCCCCACCUGGGGACCUUCUGAUCUACUUUCUCUGGCUUGACAUUAUGAAGAUGUAUCCCAUGAGUCCUCAGAAGAAAGAAGAACACAGAAAAUCAAAGAGAACAGGAAAGUGAGGAUAGUGGAGGUUAAGUAACUUGAUGACAAGUCACACUAACAUAUUAAAGGUUCUGAAAAGUCCUACAGCAAAGGCACCCCUCUGACGUUGCUUAAUCCAGUCUUCCUAAACCUACAGGGCUAUGGAAACCGUCAGCCCAGAGCGUAAAUGCCACAGAACGAACUCAAGAGAAUGCUGUAACAGAUUUCGUUGCAGGCAAUUGUGUGUAGAACUGGAGUAUGGAGGAGACAGAAGAGGUGAGACAGGGAACUAGCAACAUAUGAUGCCUGUUCCACAUCCCAAGUGGCAUCAGUGACAAUUCUGGGUCCUUUGCAUUUCCGUAUGAAUUUUACAAUCAGCUUGCCCAUUUCCACACAAAAACCCACCUGGGAUUAUGAUAGGAAUGGCGUUGAACGUAUAGAUCAAUUCUCAAAAUAUUGAUUGCUAUCUUAAUAAUUUUAAGGCUGCUGAUCCAUGAUCCUGGAAUGUCUAUUUAUUUAGAACUUCAAUUCUUUUCAGCACAGUUUUGUAGUUUGUAAACGGCCUGCACUCUUUUUGCUAAAUUGAUUCCUAAGUGUUUUAUUCUUCUUGAUGCUGUUGUGAAUGGAACUGUUUUCUUACUGAUGAAUUUAGAACGUGCUCUGCUCUCUGGCACGGUGGGGAUACAGUGGCAUUUGAAGUGGCUCAUCAUCAAGCAUUCUUGAUGAAUCGAGAAUGGUUACAUGUGAUGUAAUCAUGGAUGUUCAAAUGUCAAAGAAUCAGAAUACAGGAAAGCACCACCAGCGACUGAAACCACUGAGUCUUUGAGGAGUCAGAAGGGCCUUUAGAACAUUCCAGCACUUCAGGGCUGGCAUCUUAAUGCCUCCCACAGCACUCCGCCUCCUUUCGUAGUGCCCAUAUCACCCUGCAUCACAAAGAUCUGUUUAUGCCUGUUCCCUCUCCCCACUACUUUCUGAAGAUAAGGACCAUGUCUCACUCUUUUUUGCAUCCUCAGUGUUGAAUAUCAUGCUUGAUGCAUGGCUGAAACUCCGUGCAUACUGACCACAUGCCAGGACAUGAUCUGUGAUAGAGUUAUGAUGAAUAGACUCGAGAGUUCAUACGUGUUGCUGUGGGUUCCAGACAUACCUGUAAUCUGUAAUUGUGCCACCCUGCUGAAAGGGCAGGCCAAAGCCACCAUGUUUGUACUUCUUGACCCCACCCUCCCCUGACCCAAUUUAAUUGGACCAGACUGAAACAAGCACUAAACUGAGCCAAUCAGCUUCCUCUCCUGAGGAUUUGGAAGUCUGACACUGAACAGCUGAGUCAGAUAUGUUUGCAGAGCUGAGCCAUGGUGAGCAGGAGCCAUAUGCACGGUUAGCAUAUGCAGCAGCCACAAGGAGGCAGAAGGAAGCCCGUCUACAGAGAAGGGGGGAAAUGGGGCUAUGGACCCAAAGAGGGGGCUGCCUCGGGCCCUGGUGGCUCCCCAGUUUCCCCUUUCCAUAGAGUGAGGCCAGGCUGCACUUUAUUCCUGAGAUCUUCUUAACCUUUCAGAGGCUGCAAACUGGCGGCCCACCAAUCAAACCUGGCCUGCAGAUGAAUUUUAUUGGGCUCACACAUCAUUUAAAACAUUUUGAUUCAACAUACUAAAAUUUGGAGAUGUCACAUAAAAAUCCAGAUUCCGGUCUUGAAAAUUGGGAGAUCCCACUGUGCAACAAAAUCGGCUAGAACUGAGUAGUAGUCGCUGCCUUUGGAUGGGACCUGUGUUCCUCACUCUGCCACAGUUCUCCGCUUUUCCUGUUCUUCCUUAUUACCUCCAUUUCUCUCAUUUAUGUUCCCUUGUUGUCCCCUGUAAGAAACUAACUACCAACCCUAGCCUUAAAAUAAAGCUGCACUUCUUCAUUUGAAUUAACCUGUGUCUAAUUUCUACUCCUUGCAUUAAAACAGCCUUGAUGAGAACUCAGUGGCAAGGCUCCUCUCCACCCCUUCCCACAGCCAUCGCCUUCCUUCUUCCAUGCUAACAGAAUCCCAAUUUUGUAUUCAGGAGUCUGUGGGUAUCCCUUUGUCCAGUGGGAAGUAGGUCCUUCCUUCCCCUGCCCUAGGGAAGGAUUCAUGCUGGGACAU